AUGUGUAGUAGUUUUAAAGAAUUUGUUACGAGAGACGACAGUGAUUUGGAUCAAACAUCAGAUUUGAGUGAAAAUUAUAAUGGUGAAAUACAGGAAACGCACCAAUAUGUUGCAUUGAUAUCUGAUUCGGAAGAUACAGAAAAAAACAUCAAUGAUGGGACAGUUGGGUGUAGAAGGAGAAAUAAACGGCCAAGAUCAAAGAACAACUUCAAACAGAUAAUACAUGCAUUCAACGAUCAAAAUUCUGGAAUGAAAGGAAAUUUAACUCCGGAAUCCACACCUUUAGAUGCUUUCCAACUUUUCUUUUCAGAAGAAUUAGUUUCUCAUAUUAUAGAGGAAACGAACAAUUAUUUUAAAUUUGUGAUCGAAAAUACUUCAUUUAAAACGCAUUCUCGUACUAAUUCUUGGAAAGAUACAUCGAUAUGUGAGAUGUAUGGAUUUUUGGCCAUCACAAUAUUAAUGCCGCGGAUGAAGAAAUUGACUCUAAAUGAGUAUUGGUCGACUGAUACGAUUAUAAAAACCAGCAUUUUUCGAAAAAUUAUGGGACGAGACAGAUACAUA